CUUGUGAUCAAUAUUUGAUUCAACAAGGUGUUGAUUUAAUUAACAAAGAAGGUCGAUGUUAUUGUUAUGAAACACGUAAAGCCGUUCAUAAGUGUCUUCGUGAUGAUAUCAGAGAUGCAAUUGCUCGCACACUUUUGGAAAUCCGCCUGUAG